AUGGGCUCCCUGAGUCCGACACCGGGGCGGCAGGAGGGCUACAGGGACCAACAGGCGACAUUGAGGCGCUCAUGGGCCUGGAGCUGCGGUGGUCUUCCACAGCGCAUGGGAGAAGAGCUUCAACGAGGAACGGUAGAGCUUAUAGAUGCCGCGUUUGCACCAGGCCAGUAUCAGGCUUUGGAUGUCGUGGUGCAGCAACACAAUCUAAACAGGGUAGACGUUACCUCGAGCAUGGGCCAGUUCCGGGGCUUGCAUCAGCCCGUCUCAUCUCAGAGGGUACCCAAAGGUAAGGGUGACGACGGCAAUGUUUAUGAGCGCCACCGAGCCACGCGAGACGAGAGGCACAACCCCGUAAAUGAUCGGCUCCCCACUGGUGUCGAACGGUUUCUCUCCGCUUUCAACCAAAAGUUUAGCCAACUGUUCUCAAGUCCUGGGCCUGGCCAUGAAAAUGUGCAAGCCUCGUCGGGUCCUCAUCAGCCCGAGGGCGGAGCGUACGAUGGCUCCCAAUUGACCCCGAAAUAG